AUGGCGAGCAUUCCUAGCCGUAAGCCGUUGAGAGACUUGCUGGCAGAACAGCUGCCAAAGGACGUGCCGUUUACCUUCUACCAUUACUCGACACCACCCUCCAAGUCGCCCGCCCUCUUCUCCGCGCCGCCGCACGGUAGGUCAGAGCGAACCUACUGCGAAUCGCACUUUCUGUCUGCAACCAUCACACCAAAAGAUGUGCCAGAGCCAUUGUUACCUCCAGAGCUGCUUGUUCUUGCCAUCGAGGUCCUGAUCUACACCACACGGCGUCUCACAACCAUCUUCGUCUCCAAGGCCGACUCGACAGGCUAUCUCUCGGAGCUACGACUCCCACGAUCACAAAGCGGAUCUCCACUGAAGACUAUCUGCGGCACUUUUGUAUCAUGGCUCGCACGAGAAAGACAAAGAGAAGGGAAGAAACUGGUCAUAUCGUUGUUUGCAAGAGCUCAAGAUCAGUAUCUCUUUCCCGCGAGUAUCGACAAUAAAAACAAGCACGUCCUUGAUGAUCGAGGACUUGUGAAGUGGUGGUGCAAGGUCUUGGAUCCAGUGAUAUGGGAAUAUCAGGCUGAGGAAGAGCGAAAACCCUUCCAGGACAGGCUGAUUGAGAGCGAGAGCAGUGGCACUGUAUCGCAAUCUGCAACCACGGCCAAAGGCUACCUCGUCAUCCCAGGCUACGAGUCUCAUGACACACUCCGUUACGUGCCGUCCCCGCCCGUACCGAACGCCCCUCGACGAUGGGCUGCCGCACACCCGCUCCUACAGAUUGCGCCUCACCCGGCCGCGCCACCACGCUGUCUCGUCCCACAUUUCCCAGACGAUCCAAAAGCGCGUUUUCUCGACGAGCUCGAUGAAGAACUUCCUGAUCGCGGCGAAGCGGUUCUAUCGGAUGGAGGAACACCAUCACGAGGAAACGGCAUGUGGAAGAGCGUGAAGACGCUCGACCAGUUCUGGGAGUUCAUGGCUUUUAGACAAGAGUGCUCAUCCGGAAGGAUAGUGGGCUUCAUAUGGGUUGUCCUAACACCACCCAAGGACCUGAUCCCCGAAGAAGACGAAGACACACCGUCGCAGCUAUCCCAACUCUCCCAACAAUCAGCGAUGGACUCUCAAGAAAGCCUCCCCAAACCACGGAUAAAGAAGAUCUCCUCCAACAAACGCAGGACAAAACCCAAAGCGAACUUUGGCCCAAUUCCUCUGAUUCUUCCACGCAUCAAAACAAACUCCUCAAACCUCUCAUCGGUCUCCAACACCUCCACAGCCUCUACAUCGAAAGCCCCAGAAAAUAGCCCCUACUUCAUUUGGCCCGCCUCCUCACGGGGUACAAUCUGCUUCAGCACUAAAAACUACAACCGCGCACACGAAGUCCUCGUCCACUCCUCCUUCGCCACGCGCGCCGCCACAGCGCGAAGCACACAGCAGUUUAAGAAGGAAGUCGCAGUUUUGGGCGGCGUUGCGACUUGGGGCUGGACUGUGGUUGGCAAGAAAGAAGCAGCCGUUUCGGCGCCUACCGCUGCUCCGAGUGCGACGCCGGUCACGGUCAUGGGUGUGAGGAAGAAGAGGAAGGAUGGCGAUGCUGCGGCUGCGGCCCAGAGCUUGGAUGCUGGUUUGGUCAGGAAGAAAGUCAAGAUCGAGCCUACGCCUGCAGCUGCUGCGGAUGGUUCGAUUGGCGUUCAGGUUCUGGGGGCUGAGCUUGUGAGGAAGAAGCCAAAGUCUUGA